UUCAAAAGCAACCUAUCAGUGAUUUCUGGGUGCUGGGGCUGAUUUUCUUGUGUAUUUAAGAAUGUCUUCCAAGCAAGCCACCUCUCCAUUUGCCUGUGCAGCUGAUGGAGAGGAAGCGAUGACCCAGGAUUUGUCCGCUCGGGAAAAGGAAGAGGGCAGUGACCAGCACGUGACCCCCCACCUGCCUCUUCACCCUAUCAUGCACAACAAACCUCACUCUGAGGAGCUACCAACUCUUGUCACCACCAUUCAACAGGAUGCUGACUGGGACAGUGUCAUCUCAGCCCAGCACAGAAUGGAAUCAGAGAAUACUAAGUUAUGUUCCCUCUAUUCCUUCCGAAAUACCUCUACCUCACCACACAAGCCUGACGACGGGGGUCGGGACCGAGAGAUAAUGACCAGUGUCACUUUUGGAACGCCAGAGCGCCGCAAAGGGAGCUUGGCAGAUGUAGUGGACACAUUGAAACAGAAGAAGUUGGAAGAGAUGACCCGGACUGAGCAGGAGGACUCAUCCUGCAUGGAAAAACUACUUUCAAAAGACUGGAAGGAGAAAAUGGAAAGAUUAAAUGCCAGUGAGCUUCUUGGAGAAAUUAAAGGUACCCCUGAGAGUCUGGCAGAGAAGGAACGGCAGCUCUCCACCAUGAUCACCCAGCUGAUCAGUUUACGGGAGCAGCUCCUGGCUGCACACGAUGAACAGAAAAAGCUAGCGGCCUCCCAGAUUGAGAAGCAGCGGCAGCAGAUGGACCUAGCUCGCCAGCAGCAAGAGCAGAUUGCGAGGCAGCAGCAGCAACUUUUGCAACAGCAGCACAAAAUCAAUCUCCUGCAGCAGCAAAUUCAGCAGGUUCAGGGUCACAUGCCUCCGCUCAUGAUCCCAAUUUUUCCACACGACCAGCGGACACUGGCGGCAGCCGCUGCUGCCCAACAGGGAUUCCUCUUCCCCUCUGGAAUACCAUACAAACCAGGUGAUAACUACCCCGUACAGUUCAUUCCAUCCACAAUGGCAGCUGCUGCUGCUUCUGGACUGAGCCCUUUACAGCUCCAGAAAGGGCAUGCCUCCCACCCACAAAUUAGCCCAAGACUAAAGGGCCUAAGUGAACGUUAUGGCAGGAAUUUGGAUACCUUUGAACAUGGUGGUGGCCAGUCUUACAACCACAAAAAGAUUGAGCAGCUCUAUGCGGCCCAGCUGGCCAGCAUGCAGGUGUCACCUGGUGCAAAGAUGCCGUCUACUCCGCAGCCACCAACCACAGCAGGGGCAGUCUCACCUACUGGGAUGAAAAAUGAAAAGAGAGGGACCAGCCCUGUAACUCAAGUUAAGGAUGAAGCUGCACAGCCACUGAAUCUCUCCGCCCGACCCAAGACAGCCGAGCCGGCGAAGUCCCCAACAUCUCCCACGCAGAGCCUCUUCCCAGCCAGCAAAACCAGUCCGGUGAACCUGCCAAACAAGAGUGGCAUUCCCAGCCCUAUCAGAGGAAGCCUGGGAAGAGGAUCCUCUUUAGACAUCCUGUCCAGUCUCAACUCGCCUGCCCUGUUUGGGGACCAGGACACGGUGAUGAAAGCCAUCCAGGAGGCUCGGAAGAUGAGAGAACAGAUCCAGCGGGAGCAGCAGCAGCAGCCGCACGGCCUCGACGGCAAGCUGAGCUCCAUGAAUAACACGGGCCUAAACAACUGCAGGAAUGAAAAGGAGAGAACACACUUUGAGAAUCUGGGUCCCCAGUUAACGGGGAAAUCAAAUGAAGAUGGGAAACUGGGCCCAGGAGUCAUUGAUCUGACCCGGCCUGAAGAUGCAGAGGGAAGUAAAGCCGUGAAUGGCUCUGCAGCUAAACUACAGCAGUAUUAUUGUUGGCCAACAGGAGGUGCCACGGUGGCUGAAGCCCGAGUCUACAGGGAUGCCCGCGGCCGGGCAAGCACCGAACCACACAUCAAGCGACCAAUGAAUGCUUUCAUGGUUUGGGCAAAGGACGAGAGGAGAAAAAUCCUUCAAGCCUUCCCUGACAUGCACAACUCCAACAUUAGUAAGAUUCUAGGCUCUCGCUGGAAAUCCAUGUCCAACCAAGAGAAGCAGCCGUAUUAUGAAGAGCAGGCCCGGCUAAGCAAGAUCCACCUAGAGAAGUACCCGAAUUACAAGUAUAAACCCCGACCAAAACGCACCUGCAUUGUCGACGGCAAAAAACUCCGCAUCGGAGAGUAUAAACAGCUGAUGAGGUCUCGGAGACAGGAGAUGAGACAGUUCUUCACUGUAGGGCAACAGCCUCAGAUUCCCAUCACCACAGGAACGGGUGUUGUGUAUCCUGGUGCUAUUACCAUGGCAACUACCACACCAUCUCCUCAGAUGACAUCCGACUGCUCCAGCACCUCGGCCAGCCCGGAGCCCAGCCUCCCUGUCAUUCAGAGCACUUAUGGCAUGAAGACGGACAGCGGAAGCCUGGCCGGGAAUGAAAUGAUUAACGGGGAGGACGACAUGGAAAUGUACGACGACUAUGAAGAUGAGCCCAAAUCAGACUAUAGCAGUGAAAACGAAGGUCCCGAAGCCGUCAGUGCCAACUGAGGAGUGUUUGCAGAAUCUAAAUGCUCAGACUGGGGUUUUUUUUUUCCUUCUUCAUUUUUUUCCUGAACAAAAAAAAAAAAGUCUUAAAGAGCCCGCAUGCAUUUGUGGCUCCCCAAUUACAUCAGCAGAAUGGUCUUAAUUGUUUCAUAAUGUGUGAGACAGAUGGAGUUUUCCCUGAUUUUUCAUGAACUUGUGUUUUUUUGUUUGUUUUUUAUUUAGGUGAAGACAUAUAUUAAAUAUGAGACAUCGGGACUUGAAAACUUAUCUGAAUCCAUAGCUGUCUUACCAGUCUUACUUAUUUUUUUUUGGUCUUGUUUUUUUUUUUCUCUUUUGGAUGUUGAUAAAGGUUUAAGUUACUGUUUUUAGAUGGGGUUAAACAUUCUCACUCAGGUAUGCUGUGCCGGCCUACAGGUUGUGAAUGUGUUUUUAUUCUGAAUUAUGUUAGCAAACAACUGCAGAUUUCAUCUUGUGAACGCGAGCAGAAUGUCUGCGGGCACGCAAGCGCGGCUGCGUGCAGAGCACUUAAAAAAGGCCUCUGAAUUCCAUUUUUCCAUGUGUAGAGUUGAACUUCUAAUGUGCCAAACUUUUUCAUCACUCUUGAAUCUUAAAAAAAAAUUUUUUUGAAAGUCUUAAGGGAGACACUGCAAAGUCUUAGACAAUCCUUUGGCAUCUAAAAAAAAAAAAGGAUAACCACAGGUUGUAUUUUUUUCCUUUUUUUUUUCUUUUCCAGAAUAUGGUAAAGUACUCAGGAAUCUGGAGACAGGAUAUUGUAAGGAGUGAGCUUGGUUGCCACCGUGCAUGUACCCAACUGCUUUUGCCUCUCACUGUGCCAUCAGUGUGUGACAUGACAUGACGUGACAUGAUAUGAUGUGAUGUGAUGGGAUGUCUGCACAACAGAGCGAUCACCAGUUAUGAACAAGGCUGCUUGUCCCCAUGUGAGGCUGCCUCUCACAACCCCCAUUACCCCUUUGCCUUUAACCCUGGCAUUCAGUCUUAAACAUAUUUUCUCUUAAAUAAUUUAUUCAUUCCAGAAUGUCAAGGGUCCAAUGAUUAUUUAUUUUAAAAAGCAUUGUUGGUGGCAUUAACUUAACAAUCCUUAUUUCUACCUUUCUACCCUAAACCUCCCCAACCCCCUCCCCCCCUUUUUUUUUGGUCCUCCAUUACCUGCUACAGACAUGAAAAUGUAUGCAAGGAUUAUAUGUCCCCAGAACAUCUGGAAGCAUUUCUUAAACAUAAUGAUAAUUCAAGUUAAUAUUUUUAAAGCCAAAAAUUUCUUCUUUACAGUGGGUAACUGGCUAUAGGGCUGUGUACUUGUGGCCCAGGUGUAGGCCCUUACAGCUGAGCAGGCCAGCCUUCUGAUUUUCCAUCCUAGAUCUGAAUUCCUUGGGAGCUGAUCUCAGCUGGGAGUGAUGAGACAGGAUUCAGGACCCCUCCAACAGCAGGGCCAGACAAGAAAGCCCAGGAGCCAACCCCCUCACUCAUCCAUGCUUGUAGGCCCCAUGUAGGAGCUAUGGGUGAAGAGGGUACCAGUCCUGGCCAGCAAGACCAGUGGUUGUAUGGGGCUCAGGUUUGUUUAUAAAAUCCCCAGGACAGAGAGAAGUCGCCCAACAGCCUCCAUGCUGGAAGUAGAGAGGUAAAUAGUGAGUCAGGAUGCAUUUGGGGAAUGAAAUGUAAACUUUGGAGGAACCAAAAGGAAAGGAGGAAAGGAGCAUAUUCUCUUGUGAGAAGUUCCUGCUUUUAGAACCAAGGAACCAAGAGCUCAUGGAGAGGUAGAAGAAUUUCUACCCCCUUCACCUUCUUCACCUACGCAAAUAAGUCACCAUUUCUGCAGCAAUGCAGCCCAUAUGCCGAUAUGUGCUCCUGUGUGUGUAUUCGUGCAUAGAAUGGGAGAUAAUGUGCAGAACUUAAUUCACCAUGCACAUGCAGCACCCAUCCCUGAAGAGGUUAACUGCCUAACUGUAGGGCCCCUGGGCUCCCAAUGAUACUAGCUCCCUCCUAGGUCGAGCAGUUCAGUUCUCUGCCUACCCCAUAUCCCCUUCCAUUAGCAUGGUUCUUUUUUCCUUCUCCCCACUGUCUCCAUUUGGAAAGCCUCAUUCAGGCUCAUUCAUCCCCAGUGGGACAAAACGCAAGCUCAUUACUAGGACAUAGGAACAGGGCUGUCAGAUUUCUUGAGCCAAUCUCAUCACUUGAAAGCAACUAGAGGAUCUUUGUAUUUAUUUUCUCCAAACCCAAGGCCAUACCCAAUAGCAAUAAACAGGUCUAGCUGAGAGGAGCCUGAGGUCCAGGCUCCCGUUAGCUGGUGAGCGCUCUCUACAAGCUGAUAUAGGUACUGAUAGACAAGCUGUGUUCUUAACAUCAGUUGGGGAUCAGAACUUCGUUUGAAUAUGUUUUUGCUCAGAAGAGGAGGAGGAGGAGAAUUUCUUACUAAAGAUGGACUAUUUAUUAUAUGGUCUUACUGACUUAUCCAGUUGGUCACCUCUCCUUAGUUCUCUUUCUCUUACCCACCCCCUCCUGUUCCCCAUUUCCCAACACCCCGCUUGCUCCUUCCUUCUUGGUUCUGUUGCCUAGGUAGAGUGCUGUAUGGCUAGCAUUGUGUCGUCUGUAAUUAAUUUUGCACAAAGGCAAACAUUUAGAGUAGUUGGUUAAUUUUGUUUUGUUUUUAUGACCAUGCCAAAAUAAUAUUCUGGGCUGGUGGAGAACAAAGGACUGUUCUUUAGGACUGAAACUUGAUUUUGCUCGUAGUACAAACACACACACACACACACACACACACACACACACACACACUCACACUCACAGAUGUUGUUUUGUAAGUGUUAUAAGCACUGGAUAUAAAUGGUAUUUUUUAUCACUUCUGACUAAUGUGAAACUGUUGUACGAAAAAUACAUGAACAAAAGUCAUCUGUUUCGACUCGUGUGGGCUUGCCCCGCAGUUGCCGGAUUUGAGUCAUUUUAUGUCUUGUUAUUUCAUUUAUUUAUGCAAAAUCCAUGCGUGUAUGAACACUUUGUUGGAGCCGCAGCCCCCGCCCGCCUCAGCGCUGGGGUUCGGUCACUUCUAGCCACGUUCUUCAAAAAUGAAAGGCUAUUCAGGAAGGAUCUGAUUGUAAACGUCUCAUUCAUUCAUUGGGUCAGACGGGAAGGUUGUAUCUGGAUCUCAAUGGUGCGCAUAAGCAAUUUAUUGUAUUUAUUAGCCAAUUUUGGCUCUAAAUGUCGGUGGAAAUUAAGAAAGGACAAUCGUAGCGAUAGCUUCAUUUUGCUUUUAUCGGGGCUCGAAACAAAGUCUUUUGAUGAAUCUACCAUCUCAUUUUAGAUUUUUUUUAAAGUGUAAAUAUAACAUAGGAAAUAGAAUUUUAUUUUUGGUUCAUGAAUAAUUAGUGAAGUAUAAGUUAUGUAUUUACUUUUUCUGUUCUGUAUCCAUGUAUAUUGGUCCAUAUUAAAAGCUGACAAGUCACUGUACCUCAUGCAAAUGCUGAAAUUAUCAGAGUGAGAGCCGUGAGAGCUCAGGCUUGGACCUCUAGCUGGGAUAGCAAGACCCCUCACUUGGGCUCUCACUGAAUUUAGAAGACACCGUCCACAGACACAGACUUUUUUUUAAUAUAGAAAGUUGAUACAUUGAAAAUACCAAAUUUCCAGGAUAGCUGGUAGGAAACUCAAUUUGCUUUGUGAAUCCAAGCAGAAUGCAUGAAAUAGUCCUGUUACUGUUUGAUAGCAGAAAGCAUGAAUAGCAUUUGGAAAGCAUAAAAAAGAAAAAAAAAGAAAAAAAAGAUGUCUGAAGAUUAGACUCAUUAAUAAAGCCCCACCCCUGCUCUGCCCCCACCAUACCCCAAUACUGAAUAGUUUGAAUAAUAUGAGACUCUUUAUUUCUGUGUCCAUUAGUUCAUGGUAUUGUCAUAUCGCAGAUGAAAAUGAUUUACACAUCGUAAGAGGACGUAUGGGGCUUUUCCCUAUCACUUGGAAUUGGGGCACCGGCAGGAAAUACUCUUUUUAACCAUUGUGCCAUGUAGUUAAUGGUGGGAUAAUAUAUACA